AUCAAGCUGAUCUUCUUCAAGUUCAUCACCGUCUCAUCGCCAUCUCUUCCUUACCGAAGUCAAUUGUUGCAUUGAACAUGUCCAUCCAACAGUGGACCACCCCCCUAACCGGGCUCUCCAGCCUACGUCUAACCACCGCUCCGCAGCCCAACCCAGGCCCCAAUGAAGUCCUGGUCGAGAUCCACGCCGUGUCGCUCAAUUACCGCGACAUCGAGGUGACGAAAGGCGAAUACAACCACCACAAAUCCGUCAACAAAGAGACGCCAGACACAGUUCCCUGCUCGGACAUGUGCGGCGUCGUCACGCAGGUCGGCCCCUCCGUCUCGAAAUGGGCCGUCGGCGACCGGGUUCUCUCCACUUUCCUCCCGGAUCACACCACCGGCCAGGUUACGCCCCAGAUGCUCGCGCGUGGCAUGGGUCACCCCCUGCCGGGCGUUCUGGCGACGCACCGGGUGUUCCCCGAGCAUGCGCUGGUCAAAGCUCCGCGGUACAUGAGCGAUGCGGAGGGAGCGACGCUGCCGAUUGCCAGUGUCACGGCGUGGAUGAGUGUGCAGGGGCGGCUGAGAGCUGCUGUCGAGAAGGGUGAGGAUGUGAGUAAGAGGGUGGUGUUGGUGCAGGGGACGGGCGGUGUUGCGGUCUGCGGGUUGCAAAUCGCGAAGGCGUGGGGAGCUAGAGUCAUCGUGACGUCCUCAUCGGAUGCCAAACUCGAGCAGGCCAAGUCUCUCGGGGCAGAUUAUACCAUCAACUACCGGACUAACCCCGACUGGGAAGAAGAGGUCAAUCGCAUCACAGAGGGCAAUGGUGUGGAUAUCAUCCUCGAGACCGGCGGUGCGAAGACGCUGCGCAAGAGCUUCGAGUGUAUCGCGUUUGGUGGUUUGAUUAACUGCAUUGGGUAUUUGUCUGGAAAGGUGGAUGAGCCGGAUGACCGGAUCAACGUCAACCUGUUGGCGCUCCGGCGGAACGUGACGCUGCAGGGAAUCAUCAAUGGACCCCGGGAUGAGUUUGAGAGAAUGGUGGAGUUCUAUGAGAAGCAUCAAAUCCGACCGGUGGUUAAUCGCGUGUUUGAGUUCGCGCAGGCGCGAGAGGCAUUCGAGUUUGUGGAGAGUGGGGGUCACUUUGGCAAGGUGGUGAUUGAUGUGGUGGGUCCGUCUAGCUGAUGGACAUCAAAACUGAUCGUACGGGUGGAGUGAGU